AUGGCAGAAAGGCCCAAAAAUUUGUUUGCAACUGGGCCUAGCCGUUCCCGUAUACCGCCUGACCAGCUUAAUCUGAACCAAUUGAGCAUACGCCAUCCGCCUUCGUCAACGUCGUCCACAUCGUCGGGUUCCACGUCGUCUGGCUCCAGUUCCUCGUCGCAGCAAAAUAAUGUGGCUAUGCGGUUUAGCACCCAGCCCAGCUUUGUGCCAGCGGUGCCGGUACCAAGCGGCAGCAGCCACAGCAACAGCACCAGCGGCAUUGGUAGCAGCAGCGCCACAGAGCGUCACCGGGAGCGGAUUAGGCAGCAGGCCUGUGGCAAGUUACAAUUUGGCGAAGGUGCAGCUAAUACGCAUCAAUUCACAUCGGAUGACCUAGAGGAUUUGGGAGAGAUUGGACGCGGCGCAUUUGGUGCAGUAAAUAAAAUGGUAUUCAAAAAACUGGACAAGGUAAUGGCUGUGAAGCGCAUACGCUCUACGGUAGAUGAAAAGGAGCAGAAACAGCUACUCAUGGACUUGGAGGUGGUUAUGAAGUCAAAUGAAUGCAUCUACAUAGUGCAAUUCUAUGGGGCACUCUUCAAGGAGGGCGAUUGCUGGAUAUGCAUGGAGUUGAUGGACACAUCGUUGGAUAAGUUUUACAAAUACAUAUUCGAGAAGAAGCAGCGACAUAUACCUGAAUCCAUUCUGGCCAAGAUCACGGUGGCCACAGUCAACGCCCUAAACUAUUUAAAGGAGGAGCUCAAGAUAAUACAUCGUGAUGUUAAGCCGAGCAAUAUUCUGUUGCAUCGUCGCGGCGAUAUUAAACUGUGUGAUUUCGGCAUCUCUGGGCAGCUAGUCGAUUCGAUAGCCAGGACCAAGGACGCGGGCUGCAGGCCGUACAUGGCGCCGGAACGCAUUGAUCCCGAGCGCGCCAAGGGGUAUGAUGUGCGAAGCGAUGUUUGGUCUCUGGGCAUAACAUUAAUGGAGGUGGCCACAGGCAAUUUCCCUUAUCGCAAAUGGGAUUCGGUGUUUGAGCAGUUGUGUCAGGUUGUGCAGGGUGAUCCGCCGCGUUUGCAUACAUCCUACAAUGGCAUGGAAUUCUCAAUGGAGUUUGUAGAGUUUGUUAACACUUGCCUGAUCAAGAAGGAGAGCGAUAGACCCAAAUAUAGCCGACUGCUGCAGAUGCCAUUCAUUCGGAGAGGCGAGAAUAGUCACACUGAUGUCGCCGCUUAUGUGGCUGAUGUUCUCGAGUCUAUGGAAAGCGAUGGCAUUACGCAGUUUACAACCAACCAGCCCGCAGAAAGUUAAUCUGAAGCGAGUCAAACUAAAGUCAUAAAUUAACUAAGCAAAAACCAGUAGCAACAAAGGCAAAUUAUUAACACUAAAAAAAAAAAAAAACAAAUAUUGUUGUCUACUUUGUAGCAGUCGUAGUAAACGUAGCGCGUAUUUUGUUAAAGUCAAAACAAAAACUACAGCGUAUAAAAAAAGAGUAAAAGGAAAAAAAAAAAAAACAAAUCUGUAAAGUGCGUAUAUAUAUUUUGUAUUUUGUGAGUACUGUCUAGAAGGAGAAGUGUUUUUGUUUUUGUAUUGUAGCGAAACAUAAACCAAUGCCUUUUCUCUUUAAAUUAGGGGAGCUAGCAUUUGAUGAAUUGAUGGCUUCUGUUUUUAAUUGUUAACUGCAAAACUGGCAAAAAUGAAAAGCAAUAUUUGUAAAGAUUUUACACACGCAAAGUGAAUGGAAAUUGUUACCUAUAAAGCAAACUAUAUGAAUGAAUGAAAUGCCAACUACAAAAUAGCCAUAAACAAUAAGAAAAUGCAACAUUCAAUAUAUAAUUUAUGAAUUACAUUUUAUUUUU